AUGUGUGAGAGCUGCCUGGUGGGCAUGCGAGUGUACAAAAUCUGCCUGGGCCCGGUACCGGUGGCUGCCGAUGCCCGGUACCGGCGCGGGCAGCCAGCGCUGCCGGUGCCGGAGAGGUACCGGGGAGUUGCCAGGGAUACCGGUGCCGGUGGAUGUUGGCGGUACCGGGGUUGCCGGACUGGGGCGUGGCUGCUGGUGCCGGUCCUGGUGCCGCUGGCUGCCGGUGGGGAGUUACCGAUCUCGGUGCUGGUCCCGAUGGCGGUGCCGGUGCCGCCCCCGGGCAUCCCCGACAGCAGCGAGCCCCCAGGUAAUGCCGAGCAGGCGAGCGGCCCCCGGUGCGCCGAGCCCCCGGGCAUCCCCGGUGGUACCUCCCGGAACCGAGCCCCGGUGGUACCGAGCCCCGGUGGUACCGAGCCCCUGUGGUACCGAAGCACCGGGCAGCGCUGGGCGUUGGGCAGCGGGGCACCCCUCCUAAGAGACCCCCGGCUUGUCCUGCCCGGCAGGUUCCUGCGGGACGAUUACUCCAUCCAGGUGGCCAUCAAUGACUACCUGGACAUCUACUGCCCGCACUACGAGGGGGCGGUGCCGGCCGGCCGGGCAGAGACCUUCACGCUCUUCAUGGUGGAUCGGGAGGGUUAUCGCGGCUGCUACGAGACCCCCGGCGCCUUCAAACGCUGGGAGUGCAACCGGCCCCGGGCGCCCUUCGGGCCCGUCCGAUUCUCCGAGAAGAUCCAGCGUUUCACCCCCUUCUCACUCGGCUUCGAGUUCCAGCCGGGGGAGACUUACUACUACAUCUCCGUGCCCAGCCCCGAGAGCGCCGGGCGAUGCCUGAAGCUGCGCGUCACCGUCUGCUGCAGAGGCACCACGCCAGAGCCGGUGACAGAGGUGCCAAAUUCGCAGCCCCGAGGGCGCGGUGGGCCCGAAGAUGUGGCUCCUGCCCGGGGCACCGCAGUGCCAUCACAGCCCUGCAGCCCAUGCCUGACGCUCGUGCUCCUGGCCCUGCUCUGGAUCUGACCCCGGCGCUGCCCCUGGCGGGGGGAUGGGCUCCUCUGCCCCAACGCCGCUUCCAGACUCUUCCUCCCAGCCAACCCCCCCGAGCCCGUGGGGCAGCCCCAGGCCAUGACCCGCCUGCUGGACCUCCGCAAAGCCGAGCUGGGGCCGGGAGCUCCGGGCUGGAAGGGCCAUCGCAUCGCCGCACGUCGGGAUUGCCGCGAAUCCGCGCGCUGGGAUCGCCACACCCCGGCCCUGCCCCACCGGCCACCGGCCCGGCGCUGGGGUCCCCUCAGCGAACGCCCGCUCUGCCCCACGGCCACCACCUCAUCUCGUGCCUUUCCCCACGGACCCCCUCCCCUGGGGCCCAGGGACCCCCGACCCCGGAGCGGGGCAGCAGCUCCGAUGGCGGCAUCCGCCGCUGCUGUGUCCUCCUGCAGCGAGGACACGCUCAUCUGUCUUCUGGGAAGACGCCUUCCUCCGUGCCCUCGGUUUGGUUUUAACCCUUGGUAGUGACUGAGCAAUACAAUAUUUGCAAGAUCGCUGUGCCCCCGGCUGUGCAGCCCCCCUGCCGUCCCCCUGCC